UUAAUUGCUUCCAAUGAGGUCAGCAAAGGUAUUUAUCGAAAAGCCCUGAAUAAAAGGCUCCACACACACACACACAAGCACACACGCGCUCACACACACCGAGAAAAUCCUCUUGCCUGUUGAUUUAUGGAAACAAUUAUGAUUCUGCUGGAGGAUUUCUCAGCUGAGAAAUAGUUUGUAGCUACAGUAGAGAGGCUCAAGUUGCACAAGGCAGACAACAGACAUGGAAUUCUUGUGUAUCCAGCUGUUAUAAACAGAACAAAAGUCAAGUAGCAAACAGCGCCACAGCAACUGGCUUAUUACAACCUGUUUUAUAAGGAUUUAUCUACACAGAGUUAUUUAAGGAGGAUUCUGUAUUGAUAUCAGAAACUAAAAGGAUAAGGGUAACAAUUUGGAAAGAGCAACUACUCUUUCUUAAAUAAAUCUGUAAUUCACAGAUAGGAAGAGGUCAAUGACCUAGGAAUAACAAUCAACUCAAGAUUUUACUUUUCAUUAUGUUAUUCAUGAACACCCGGAGCACUACACUAUAAUGCACAAAUGGAUACUGACAUGGAUCCUGCCAACCUUGCUCUACACAUCAUGCUUUCACAUUAUGUGUCUAGUGGGCACUCUCUUAGCUUGCAAUGACAUGACUCCAGAGCAAAUGGCUACAAAUGUGAACUGCUCCAGUCCUGAACGACAUACCAGAAGUUAUGAUUACAUGGAAGGAGGGGAUAUAAGAGUGAGAAGACUUUUCUGUCGAACACAGUGGUAUCUGAGGAUUGAUAAACGAGGAAAAGUAAAAGGGACCCAAGAGAUGAAGAACAAUUACAAUAUCAUGGAAAUCAGGACCGUGGCAGUUGGAAUUGUGGCAAUCAAAGGGGUGGAAAGUGAAUACUAUCUUGCAAUGAACAAGGAAGGCAAGCUGUAUGCAAAGAAAGAAUGCAAUGACGACUGCAACUUCAAAGAAUUAAUUCUUGAAAACCACUACAACACCUAUGCAUCAGCUAAAUGGACACACAGUGGAGGAGAAAUGUUUGUUGCCUUGAAUCAAAAGGGGGUUCCUGUAAGAGGGAAAAAAACAAAGAAAGAACAAAAAACAGCCCACUUUCUUCCUAUGGCAAUAACCUAAUCAUGUAUGGUAUAUAAGAAACCAGUUCCAGCAGGGAGAUUUCUUUAAGUGGACUGUUUUCUUUCUUUCCUUUUUUUUUUUUUUUUUGAAGUAACCAAGAAAGGCUGGAAAACUACUGAAAAACUGAUCAAGCUGGACUUGCGCAUUUAUGUUUAUUUUAAGAGACUGCAUUAAAGAAAGUUGAAAAAUAUACACAAAAAUCAGAUUUAGUAAUAAAAGUUGUAAAAAAUUGUAAAACUGGUUGUACAAUCAUGAUGUUAGUAAUAGUAAUGUUCUUCUUAAAUUAAUUUACCCUUAAGAAUAUGGUAGAUUUGAUUAUCUGAUAAUGAUUAUUUAAAUAUUCCUCUCUGCUUAUAAAAUGGCUGCUAUAAUAAUAAUAAUGCAGAUGAUGUUAUAUAAGAUAUGUCAGACCUAAAGGCUGCUGGAAUGAUUUGUCAGAUAAUCAAGCCAACACUAAGGAAGAUGAGCAGUAAUUUGAAAUUCUUUCCAAUGAAAAAUUAUAAUCCACUUAAGUUCUAAUCAGAAAAAAUCUAUUAUGGAAAUGGAUAAGGUAGAUAAUUUUUCAAAAUUAUUGGCUUAGAACAUGCUUGCACCUAUUAACAAGAACAAAAUUCUUAAUGCUGCUCAAAUUGAAAGGCUAUUGCUAAAAGGAUGUUUUUUAAAAAUCUUGUAUAUAAAAUAGCAAUAAUGAUGAUAAUACUGUACUUCAUCUCACUUGCCACAAAAUAACAUUUUAUAAUCCCUAAAAGCAAAAUUCAGAAAUCUUUAAGUUUUUUUCAAGUAAUAUAAUCUAUCCUUUGUAUAAUUCAUAUUUGGGAAUAUGACUUUAAAUAAUGUUCUCCCCACAAAUAAUCAUGCUUUUUUUCUGUGGUUACAGCAUUAAACUCUAUUUUAAGUUGUAUUUGAAUUUAUUGUUUUGUUAUUUAAGUUUAUGUUAUUUAUAAAAAACAACCUUAAUAAGCUGUAUCUGUUUCAUAUGCUUUUAAUUUUAAAGGAAUAACAAAACUGUCUGGCUGAACUGCAAAUUUCCCCUCCUCCUUGUGACCAACAACAGGACUAGUACACAACACUGGGGCCAGCAAAUUCUGGAUGGCAGACAAAAAUGACAGCCUGCAGCAAUGCUUACAAUAGAAGUCUCACAGGGAACAAUACAAAUAUGUGAAAAAUGUUUUGCCACAACACUCUUGCCAAUUAAAUUGGAUCAUAUAAGUAAAAUCUUUACAGAAAAAAGAAGUUACAAGGUUUUAAAAUUAGAAUAUAUCUGAGUGCAUGAGUAGACAUGUAUCAUUUUUAAAAAACUGUGUAUAUAUAAAGUUAAUGAUUUUCUGAUCUCUAGAAAUAUACGCCAUCCAAAAGAUGAAAGGUAUUUUCAUGGUAGAUGGCAAAAGCACAAUGCUCCAAAUAGAGAAUCUAGUUAGGGAUAUGGGUUUUAGGUCAGGUCACAAAUAUCAGGUUUAUCAGAAAGACGAACAACUACUUCAAAAUUCUUCUUCCCUUGUCAUAUGUUGGUAGUACUUUAUAUGUUGUGCUUUUGAUGUUAAAAUAUUUGUCAUUCAAGUCCCUUUACAUUAUAUAAAAUAUUAUUUGGUAACACAUCUAUAAGUGAGAGUUACAUGAAAAAGCUCUGUCAAAAGAAAUAGCAGAUAUUUGAUUUUCUUGUGUUUUAUGUACAUGAUCAGGCUGCAGGAAGCUAGGAAGAAUUACCACUCUUCAGUUACUCUCUGGGGAGAUACUAUGAAUGGUAUUCUGAACUAUUAUCUAACACAAAGGGCUUAUUAGUCUGGGUCCCUAGAUCAGGCUUCUGUGACUGAAAUCUUAUGAGUGAGCAUAUUGAGGGAAGAGGAGAACUAACAUUUUUCAUAUUUGUUUCCUUAGUGCCUAGCAGAGUGUUUAUCCUUAAUUGAUUUUCUGUAUGAAUUAAGUCAAUGUUUGAGUAUUAAAGAAAAGUUGUAAUGAAUACUUCAUUAAAAAUUGGAGUGAAAUAUCACUAUGCAGAAAUUUAAACAAAUAGUGUGUGUACACAUAUAGGACAUAGUUAGACAAGAACUAUAGUAGUAAAUCCAUUUCUAGUAGUAUAGGUAAUAUAAAAUAAUCUUUCUAAAACCUGUUACUUUUAAUUCUUGUUUUUGCUCUAAUUUUCACAUUUAUCAUACAAAAUUUAGAAAAAUAAAAUCUGUUGUAGUUACAUAUACUUAGAGUUCUAGAAUCCUAAAAAUUUCAUGGGAACUUCAUCCUUCUUGGUCAUUUGUAGAUCAGGAAAAUUAGGUUUUUGAUAUACUCAACAUCCUGCAGCUGGAUAGAUGCAGAACUGUCACAAGAGUCUAGGUUACUUAGCAUAUGCUUCUUACUCAUAGAUUAUUGUGAUUAUUAGCUCAUGGUCUCCUGUUUUUGUUUGGUUUUUAUUUCUAUUGAGAUAUGAUCUUAACAUUUGCAAACAAAUAUGGUAAUUUACUUUAUAUACAAUGAUUCAUCUAUACUGUGAUUAUUUCACUCAAAAGGAGAAAAGAAAUAAUGCAAUUCUCAAUUCCGACUCCUAAAACUUUUAUGUGCACCUUUUUAUUUAUAAAUGGAAAGCAUUGUGCAAAAUAUUCUUAUAAGCAGAGUAAUCCUCUCUACAAUGCUCUUUAACAGAGAAAAAUAGAUAAAUGCAUGGGUUUCCAAUAACUAGGAAAGAAAAAAAUGAAAAGAAUAUGAAAUGUUAAUAAAAUAAAUAACAAAAAGUUACUCUCAAUGCAAUAAGCGAACUAAAACAUUUUGCCUUAGGUAAAUCCUAAUAAAAUUGGCAGCCUUUUAGUUGAUUAUAAAUUUGGCAAUAUAAUGACCAUAGAGAUGGGAUGCUGAUUUUUUAGCAUACCAAAGAAUAUAAAGAUUGUCAAUGAAGUCUCGCUGUGAUAAAAGCAAUUCUCUAAGUACAAACAUCCUGAAGUGGUGCUCCUCAAGAUUUUCUAUUAAAAUACCUAUAAACAGAAGAGUUAUAAAAUGAUAGUCUAGGGAAAAAUGCAGACAGUUCACCAAAGACAGAAAACUUCCUGAAAAUCUUUUCUCUUAAAAUACCCAUGAUUUUUGUAUUUUCCUUCAAAAUAUGUUUGUUUAUUUUAAUACGAAAAUGUCUCCUACUAACAUCAAUGAGCAAAAUUAAAGAUUCAGGACAUAUAAGGUUUAUCAUGAGGCUUUAUUUACACCUCUACUCCCUGCCAAAUACUUGGGGAUAAAUAAGAUACAAGAGAUCUUCUACCUCCUAUAGUCCAGCUUUACACUUAAGUAACACAAUACUCAAGAAAUCCAAAAAUUAAUCCAAGUUUACCAAGUCCAGGAGUAAUUAAAAACAUUUAACAUUCAGUUGUAUGGUUCCUGACAAUUAGAAUAACACUGAUCAUCAGAAUGGAUGCAGGCCACUAUGAUUGAUAGAUACCACGUCAACCCUGUGAUCAUCUAAAAAAAUAUCUACUAAUUGAUCUCUCUUGUUUGAGUCUUUGACAUGUAUCUUCAUAUCAAAUAGUUAAUUAAAACUUCAUUUUUGUUUCAA